AUGCCCUACGCCGAAGUCAUGCGCCUUGCGCGGGAAAAAAAUACGCUGCAUGAUUUGGGCAUUGGGGAGACCCGCGUUAGGAAGGACGUGAGAGGCGGGAUUUUGGUUGAGAUCCCGGGACCCAACGGCGCCGCUAAGGCCACGCGGUUGGACGAGGCCUUAACCCCCGCGCUGCAGGGGAAGGCCACGGUUAGUUGCCCAGUCCGCAGGGGUGAGCUCCGUUUCACCGGGCUGGAUGAUUUGGUGUCUGCCGACGAACUGGUAGCCCGCCUAAGCUCCGCAGAGUUUGGCGGCUGCCAGGCGUCGGAUAUUACGAUAGGCCCAGUGACCGAGGGCAGGGACCGCCUCGGCGCAAUGUGGGUCAGAUGCCCUCUAGAGGUGGCCACAAAAGUGGCCGAGGCUUGGCCGCCUUCGCGUGGGGUGGUCAAAUGUUAA